AUGAUUGGAGGCUGUACGUGCGGCUGCGAGGGCUUUGGCCCACUGAUCUGCCUGGCCGUUGUCUCGGUCCAGGCCGCUUUGCGAGGACCCGAGCCGCGCAGUGCCACGCCCACGGCCAACGACAAGCAGCUGACAGCCGGUCCGCCUGCUGCUCCACUGGGCAAGAGUCGUCAGUCGCGCUGCGUGCGCUGCUACGAGGAUCGGUACUAUGGCGGCGGCAGCGAUCGCUAUGGCGGCAGCGAUCGUGCCGGCUAUGGCGGCUACUCGAGUCGCGCCGGCGAUGAUCCGCGCAGCUCCUGGUACUACUCCUACGAUCGGUACGAGGAUCGCGGCGGCAGCGGCAGGGAUCGUGACUCUGACAGAUACUACAGUCGCGACGAUCGCUACUCGCCCCGCACCUAUGAUCGUUACGAGGGGCGUGGCUAUGAUGAUUACUACAGAAGGGGCUCCUCCUCCUCGGGCUACGAUCGCGGCUCCGGCUACGAUCGCGGCUCUGGCUACGAUCGCGGCUACGGUGGCUACGACAGCAGAGAUCGCUACUACGGCGAUCGUUACAGUGACAGUUCGCGUGAUCGCUACUAUGAUCGUUCACGUUCCAGCUAUGACAGAUACGAUCCGUACGAUCGCUACUAUUCAAGGUAUGAUUUUCGCAACUAUCGUCCAUGGGAUGAGACCUACAGAGGUCAGUCGGGCUUCGAUAAUUCGGGGCGCGGCUAUUAUUUUGCCGGGGAUGACGACGACCGUCGCUCUGGUGCGCAGCCGUACUAUGAUCGCGAACGCGCCUCGUCGCUAGCCCCCGCCUCGCCCUGCGGCCACCUAGUCAGCAACUGCCCGCACGGCGAUCGCGGCACAAAAGUCUCCUCCUCGGCCAUUGACAGCGACGGCUAUCGCGGCGGCCACACUAGCGUCAUGGGCAAACCCAUUGGCCAGGGCAGCUGGACAUAUCUGGGCGACCAGGACAAUCAGAGCUCCCGCGGUGGCAGCAGCGGCGGCGGCAGCAGCAGCGGCGGUGGCAGCAGCUCGGCGUCUGCUGCUGCCACUGGCAGCUCAGGUGGGGGCGGUGGCAGCGGUGGCGGAGUUGGUCGGGACAGAGAGCGCGAUGCACAGAGCUCUUCCUAUGGUGGCCGAGCACGCCCUCUAGGCGGCAGUUAUCUGUUCGACCGGGACAGCAAUGCGGUUCCAGAGAAUCCAAGCGAUGCCGCUAACUCAAUAGGUGAUGGUGGUGGUAAUGGGAGCGCCAACAUGCCAGCAGCUGCGGCCCAAACAGCGGCCAAGCCCGACGAGUCCCGGGCCAACGAUGAGGGCCAGGACAAGAAGGCAGCGCAGUGA